AUGGCAAGGGAUAGAUCAUCACUUACCCUACCCGCAGCUUCAGUGUCGUACCAUCCAUCGACCCACUCCACCUUGACUGAUACGCUUGGUAGAGGUUUGAUAUCUGGGAGCCAUCUGUCUGGGAACAUGCCACUUGCUCUGCAAUCAUUCACCACGAAGGGGACCUAUUGUUUGGUUACGAGUGGUCACCAGCAAGAGAUCUCCAUCCAUUUACUCCUUGUGUUCACGCUUCUCGACAUUUAG